GCGGUCUCAUUGCAGCAGUGUGGGUCGUUUCGAUGCACUUUGGGCUGCAGCCGUUUGUCAUGUCUGUGUAUUUCUGCCGUGGGCAGCUCUCUCAUGUGGAUAGGUACAGACCUGGUUGUCCCACGUUAGGCAGAGCUCAAUUUGAUUAUUUCCUGGCAUCUCCUCCCAGGUUUCUGUAGAUAAUUCCAUCUUGAUGUAAAUUCCCCAACGCCAUGGAGACUGCAGCUAAGUAAAGAGAAGCUGUGUCUUUUUUGAAUAUUCCCUCUUUUUCUAACUUCAAAUUUUUCCAUGUUUCAUGCCAAGUUCAUAAUGGUUGAACUCCCCCUUAGUCUCUGCUUUCAUUUAACUGACCCCUUGCCCUCCAGCUCAUCCUCAGAACCUGAGUCCUCUGGCUGGUCCAUGUCUCUGUCAAACACUCCUGCUGUGUCCUCAGCUUCCCUGUCUUGGAAGUCAGGUGUAGGAGUCCAAGUGGUGAUUAGGUUUUCUAUUUGUAACAGUUUAAAAGAUUUUAAAAUUACUCUGACAUUUUUAUUUUUAUUUUUUUCCAUUCUUCAGGAAAUUGCCAUACAUCUCUCUAUUAUGCUUUCAUUUGAUCAGAACAUUUAAUUAGUUGAGCAUGUCACCUCACACCUAGUAUUUUUGAGGCAGAGGCAGAGUUCAAGGCUAUCCUGAUCCAAAUAGUGAUUACUAUUUUGUCAUAUUACUUCUCUGUAUCUGUGCAUGUCUUGAAAUCUUGUGAGGCAAAGAGUGAUAGACUGAUGUUUCUGACCAAACAUUCCAUCUGUGGAGCGCGCAUGCCCAGUGCAUGAGUGGCAGUGAGAGGACAACUUGAGACUCGGUUCUUCUCAAAUGGGAUGCAAACUCAGGAUGCAGUGACCUAUGAGGAUGUGCAUGUGAACUUCACUCAUGAAGAAUGGGCUUUGCUGGAUCCUUCCCAGAGGAGUCUCUACAAAGAUGUGAUGCUGGAAACCUAUUGGAACCUCACUUCUAUAGGGUACGAGUGGGACGAUCAAGGUAUUGAAGAGCAUUGUCAAAGUUCUGGAAGACACGGAAGGCAUAUCAACUGUCUCUGUGGAUACAAGCCAUGUGAGCAUCAGGGAUAUGGAAAGAAGCAGUCUACCUCUGUUUCUCCUGGAACAAUUGGAAGAUAUGAUGUGGUCACUACUAUGAGAAAACAUGAUGACUGUGAUACAAGUUUCCACUCUCACUUUGGAGAAAAACCUUAUGAGAACAAGGAUGACAGAAAUUCACUUGUCUGUACUAGUUCACUUUGCACAGGUAGUGUGACUCACAGUAUAAGAAAAUGUUAUUUGAGCAAUCACUGUGCUAAAACUCUGAGUUCUUCCAGUUCUUUUCAAAGACAUGAAAAAACUCAUGUGGAAAGAGGAAGUGAAAAAUGUGAGCUUUGUACUAAAGAGUUUAACCAUCACAGGUAUCUUCAAACACACAAAACAACCAUUAAUGAAGAGAAUUUCUAUGAAUGUAAAGCAAUUAGAUAUGAUUCCUCUUUACACCAAAGAACUCAUUUGGAAGAAAAGCCCUGUGAAUAUAAUCAAAGUGAUGAAGUCUCUGCAUAUCCCAGUCUUCAUCAAGUACACAGAUCUUAUUCUGUAGUGAAAACCUGUGAAUAUCAGCAAUAUGAUAAAACCUUUGCAAGUCCCAGUUAUCUUCAAAUAUGUAAAAGAAGUCAUAAUGGAGAGAAACCCUAUGGAUGUAAUCAAUGUGGUAAAGCCUUUGCUGAGAAGAGUAAUCUUCACCGGCAUGAAAAGAGUCAUACUGGAGAGAAACGCUAUGGAUGUAAUUAUUGUGGUAAAGCCUUUGCACACAAGUAUAAGCUUCUCAUUCAUGAAAGAAUUCAUAAUGGAGAGAAACCGUAUGAAUGUAGUCAAUGUGGUAAAGCCUUUGUAGAGAAGUGCAAUCUUCUUAGUCAUGAAAGAAGUCAUACUGGAGAGAAACCCUAUGAAUGUAAUCUAUGUGGGAAAGCCUUUGCACAAAAGAGUUCUCUUCACAAUCAUGAAAGAAUUCAUACUGGAGAGAAACCCUAUGAAUGUAAUCAAUGUAGUAAAGCCUUUACACAGAAGGGUAAUCUUCGAAGUCAUGAAAGGAUUCAUACUGGAGAGAAACCCUAUGAAUGUACUCAGUGUGGUAAAACGUUUGCACAGAAGAGUAAUCUGCUCAGUCAUGACAGAAGACAAACUUGCAAGAAACAUUCUGAAUAUAAUCAAAGUGCUAAAUCCUUUGAACAGAAGAAUAAUCUUAUCAUUCAUGAAAGAAGUCAUGAAACUGAGAAACCCUAUGAAUGCAAUCUAUGUGGUAAAGCCUUUGCAAGGAAGAGUCAUCUUCACAGUCAUGAAAGAAUUCAUACUGGAGAGAAACCCUAUGUAUGUAAUCAAUGUGGUAAAGCCUUUGCACACAAUAGUCAUCUUCACAGUCAUGAAAGAAUUCAUACUGGGGAGAAACCCUAUGAAUGUAACCAAUGUGAUAAAGCAUUUUCACGUAAAAGUCAUCUUCACAGGCAUGAAAGAAUUCAUACUAGAGAGAAGCCCUGUGGAUAUAAUCAAUGUGCUAGAGACUUUGCAUUUAACAGUCACCUUCAAAUAAAAGAAACCUCAUACUGGAGACAAGUCCUGUGAAUGCAAUAAUUGUGGUAAAGACUUUGUACAGAACUGUUAUCUUCACAGGCAAGAAAGAAAUCAGCUUGAUGAAAACCUUAUGAAGGUAAUCAGUGUGAUAGAGCCUUUGCACAUUGAAGUAUCCUUCAAAAUUAUGAAAACUUUCAAACUGAUGAAAAUCCCCAUGAAACUAAUAAAUGAGGCCAGGCCUUAGGAUCCAAAUACAUUUUCCCCCCAGAGUUAUCUCACUGCUGCUUUGGUAAGAUUAGUACAACCAUUGCAUCUGUAAAAUGUUGUCUGUUUUUCAAGUUGUAAACAUAUUAUAUUGCAAGAAUAAUAGAUAUGCAUGAUAAUUUGAAUAAUAAAUGUAUUUGCAAUAGAAAAUGGUAUUUAUCUGUCAUCCCAUUAUUUUUGGAUCAUGGUAUUUGAUUCUGAGGUUAAAUACUUCUUCUAAUCAUAUUCUCAUAAACACAAAUGAGUGGCAGAGAAUUUUAUCAGUGAGGAAAUGUGAUCGCCAGAGCUUGCCAUGAAUGUACCUCCGCCAUGUUUGAAAGCCAAAUUGGGUGGAGCCAACUGCCAAUGAUACCAUUUUGAUCCUAGUCAAGCCCACUUACAAAAUGUAAAACAUUGAUCAGUGAUUACAAAUUUGCAAUAAAGACAGAUUCAGACCAAAAGAAACCUCUAAAUGUGUCACAGUAUGUUUAGAAAUUCUCUGUAGGCUUAAGACAUUGGGUACAGACCACUAUUAAAAGAAAUAAAUAGUUAAAAAAAAUAAAGUCUUAAAGGAGAAAGUAAAAGUAAUAUAAAAGAAAAAAGCCAAAUAAACAUGGCAAAUACACAGGGAGUCUUGAUUGUGCGUAUUAUUGUGUUGGUUUUGAAUUUUUUAAUGGCUCCUGGGGAAGAGACAGCUGCUGGGAGACAUGGGAUUAGAAGAGAUACUGAUAAAAGAUACCAACCUAAAUAUUUUUUAAAAACCUUAUCUUUGAAACACAAGUCAAAAAAUAUGUUUGCAAAAUGUAAAUUAAAAGAUGCAUUGCUUUGGAGAAGCAGUUUUGCCUAAACAAGAGGCUGUGGAUUUGCUUGGGGUUAAGAUGGACCAGCUUUGAUCAAGGGAGACCUUCUGAACCUUGACAGAUGAUGUCUAUCAACACGGGUUACCACUGAUCCUCUCACCACUUGUUCAUUAUCUCAAAAUUUUAUUAGGGACCCUAAAGAUACUUCAUCCACAGACAGGAGGAAGCAAUUUGGAGAAAAUGACAUCCACAUUCCAAGAGUUGGGGUUUAUGGAUGGUCUUCAGUUAUUUGGUGGAUAAUGGAUGUUUGUUAUAUUUAGGGGAAUAUAAUAUGUGAAGAUCAUUAUUUAUCUCAGAUAUUUUGCAUUGGCAGGAAUUUUUUAUAUUGAUACAAAUUUAAGACUAUUGUCCUCAUACUGCAUAUCUGUUCCUAUUUUUGCUUAAGAUAUUACCUAUACAGCUCAUACCUAUACAGCUUGUUUAAUUACACAAUAUGAAGUUUUCAUCCUUAAAAGCUAGUCAGCAUAAUGAAGAAUUGCAAGCUAAUAGUCACUCAUGUCUAUCAAACUUAUAGUCAUGUUAGUUUUCAAGGUAAUACAAAGAUAUAUUUCACAUGAGUAAUCUUCAAACACUUCAAAGACCUACAGAAUAUGGCAUUUAAAAUGUUUUAAGAACUUAGACUUUUCUCAGCCAUGAGACACGACUGCUCCUGGGAGAAUGAUGUGUAUCGAAGCUCCUUUGGGAAUUUGCUUUCAAGAUGGCAGGGCUAGCCAUUUGAACAAGAAACUGCUCUUGCCUGGACUGUUUGACUGUAUGUUGUAUAAACUGAACAUAUAGGAUACAUAAAAAAAAAUGACUACUGAACUUGGCAAAACAAGAUGGGACAGUACUUCAGGGUUCCUGCUUCAUGGAAGAGUCUGCCGAAAAUUCUUCAGGACAUAGAGAAAAAUGACUGACAAACUGUCAAUAUAGGUAGGACAGCUUCUGCUUUGCUGGGAAAUCUGCCAGAUACUGUAGGCCUGUAGACUGAAGAUGGAUGCCUCAGUGUUACAGAACAACUUUGGAUGACCAUCCAGGCAGCCAGAUAUCUUUUGUCAAUUUUAGAAUUUUGAAAGUUGCUUACAAUUCACUUGUCUGUUUCUCGUGUAAUAUUGAAUCUUCUAUGGUCUUUGAUGGAGUUGAAGACUUAGUUAUAAUUAUAGUUUUCCUUAGUUAUGACCAAAGAUAAUUAGAUAUAAAACUUGAGGCUUGCAAAGAUAGAAUAGAGUAUUUUUAAUUUUUUCAAAUACAAAUAGACUAAAUAUUGUAACUGUAUCCUUCCUUUUUGAUUAGACAGAAAGGGGGAAAUUAUGUGGUAUGUCCCUCUGUAUGCUGGUAAUAUGUUUUAUUGCUGUUGGUUAAUAAAGAAACUAAUUUGGCCAGUAGACAGGCAGAAUAGAGCCAGAUGGGAAAUGCAAGCAGAGAUACAGAGAGAAUAAAUAAGUGUAGAGUCGGGGAGAUGCCAGCCACCAAGAAAGCAAGGUGUUUAAAACAUAAGGUACCAUCACAGGCACAUGGCAAUACAUAGAUAUAUAAAGAUGAGUUGAUUUAGUUGUAUAGACUAGUUAAUAAUCAGCUUGAGCUAAAAGGCUAAACAGUAUAUAAUUAGUAUUAAUCCUCUGAGUGGCUGUUUUAAAAGUGGCUGCAGACUGGGUGGGAUGAAAAGCCUCUAAUUACAGGAGCUACUAGUGCAGGUGUGGGUGGAACCCAGUAUAGGUUGGAGUACGGGGUCUGGGCAUCCUGCCAAACCACAAAAGCCAACUACAGAGUCAGCUGGUGGACCUGGCAUCCAGGCAUAAGAGGAUAGAAGAGUUCUUCCACGUGAGUGGCUCCUGCCAUUAGGCUCUCCUUAAGGUAUAUUUGCCCCAUGACCCUGUGUAUCUGUCUGCAUAUCUGUCCACACACAAAGGCAAGAAAAGGUGGUUGGAUUCCCUGGAACUUUGACAUUCAAGAUGUACGCUGCCAUGUGGGGCUGGAAACUGAACUGUGGUUUUUUGUUUUUGUUUUUAAUAUAUUUGCCAGAGUCCAGCUCCAAUGGGGUUCAGGUCUCAAAGAGGAGGUAUAAAGUCGAUGAAGGAAGGAGAUUGACAGGAUCUGAGGGUGAAUUAAAAUAGCUGCUGGUUUAUUCUCAAAGACCUAUACCUUUUAUUCUCUACAAUUGCACAAUAGUUUAGCCAUAUGAUUCUAGGAUGAACGUGGCCAUCAACCCCAUCGUAGCAUUUUUACUAAGGCAAAAAGCAGUAAGUUCAAGUAUCUAAAUGCCUAUCUUGAUGUGAGCCCGUUGUUUCUACCCAGUGUGCUUUCAUCCUUGUGACCAGGUGUCACCAGUUCUCUCUGUUCUUGGUGUAAUGGGAGACACAAUGUGGAUUCUUGUGUGGGAGUCGGCAGAGUUAUCACAGUAUAUGGUUCUAUGGUGAUGGAGAUUUUUCCCAAAGAAUUACUUUGUUUAAAGAGACUGUCAUUUUAUAUAUCCUUAUUCUCCACUGAAGCCCACACAAAAUUUCCUGAAGGAAAAGGUAUAAGGAAACUCCCAUAACACAUAGUGAGAACUAUUAAAAAUGAAAUUAAAAAAUGCUGGAGGAUUGUGGUCUGCAAUGUUAAAAUACUGGAACUUAGUGAAGCAGCAAUGUUCUCUGUGUGCUCCACACCAGGCACUGAACUGUGGAACCAUCUCAAGAUUGUUUUUAUCUCUUUCUUAAGGUUUAGUUCAUUAUUCUUGUCUUUGUGCAUGCACAUGCAGAGUGUAAUUUGGAAUCAGAUGACAGCCUAUGUGAUGCAGUCCUCUCCUCCUACCAUGUGGAUUGUAAGAACCAAACCAUAUCCAUCAGUCUUGGUUGCAAGUCUUGGUCUAUUUUUUGUUAGUCAUUGCUUUUGAUGUUUUCUUUUUGAAACAGGCUCAUAAAGCUCAGGCUGACCUAUGUAAUCAUGAGGUUUCUGCCUUCACAUCAUAAUAAUUCUGGAUGACAGGUUUCAAUACCUCUCUUUGCAGAGGCCUGGCGAAUGCUGAGCUAUUUCUGUACUGAAUGAGACCAUUAUGAACUGAAAACAUUGAUGUAGAUGACAUUUUGAUACACUUGUCGACACUGAGACUUCAUCUCAAAAUCAGACAAAAACUGCAAAGAAAUAAAAAUUUUUGUUAAAUA